GCAUGCAAUCAGUAAAUUACUUAUUUAAGGUUUGUGAGCUCUGUGGUCAUAAUAAUUAACAAUUAUUAGGUGUUAAUUUGAGUGUCAUCCAUCACUAAAAGUGUCUGCCAAUUAAGGAUUCUCUUCAGAGAAAAUUCAUUUCUUUGAUCUUUUUUUUUUAAUUGUGUUACAGGUCAAGCAUAAUAAUAAAUUUUUACUUUUCUCUGACUUGUAUGUCUGCACUGUUUUGAACGGAACAGAUGACUGAUUUGGGGGGGAAAAGCUUUUAAAAUGGACUACAAACAUAAUGGGCUUAAAUAUAAGAAUGCAUAUAAUUAAGACCUUGAACUGCUUUUUAAGUUUUCUGCUUCAUUUUUCUAUUCCUGAAUAUCCAGAUAUUAAAUAUAUUGAUAUUAAAAUAUUAUUUUAUUAAAAAAUUGCGUUAAAUAAUUCACAUUUGAGCCCCCAGAGAGUAAAGUAUAAAGGCUAAUGUGUGAGGCAGAGAGUGUGUGAAAGAGAGAGAAGGGGGUUGUGACAGAGGAAAUGAUGGUGUCAUGAUCUCUUGAGUACCUGUAUCAUAACGGAUUUUGUGAACAGACCAGGGUAGUUUGGGUACAAGCGUGGAACAAAACGUAUGCUGGCGAAGACAAAUUGAAGAUGUCAAUCUCGCACAAUCGUUCUACUGCUCACAUCUUCUCAUCCAAUUCUCAUUCGUGCUCCUCACUGGUCAACAACACCUUGGCUCCAGACUCCACCACUUCACCCUCCAGUACUCUGCCUGUUCACAUUUCCCAGAUGGAAGGAGGACUGUACGGCUAUUCGAUGGGGUCUCAGGGGCUCUCCAGGACAAGCGAUAGGAGUGGAGAACCGAUGAUGGGCAUGGGAUAUUUGCCCUAUUCUCCUUGUUCAAACUCAACUAUGGAAAGACCAUCGCAACACAGUCACGUUAACCAACAGGAGUUUUCUCAGUUCCUUCCUCCUCCUCCUCCGUCCACAUUUCGGCAGCCAGGCCAGAAGAGAGGCCUGAGUAAAGACAGCAUGGAAUACCGGAUGAGGCGUGAGCGCAACAACAUCGCUGUGAGGAAGAGCCGGGAUAAAGCACGCCGGCGUAUCCAGCUCACUCACCAAAAGGCCUUGGAGCUUCAGGAGGAAAAUCACAGGCUACUACUGCACAUUGAGCAGCUUAGCCAUGAGGUGGACACGCUCAGUCGCUAUCUCUCUCAGCGCCACCUGCAGAGCAAAGUAAAUGAUGUAGGAGUUGAAGAGAACUGUUGAAUGACCUUAGAAACUCUCUUACUGUACCAUAGUUAACAGGUUAGUGGACCUGACUGCAUAAUAACAUAAAUGAUGAAAUGUAUGAACCUGUAAGAUAUACUGUUAAAUUAUAAUUUCACACAGUUUAUAUGUAUAUCUCAAUAGGAUAAUCUGUAAAGCAACAUUCAGAUCAAAAUUGGUUGUAAUUAUUUUUUAAUUGUAGUCAGGAUAGCUAAACUACAAACAUUAUGAUGAUAUUUUAGAUCUUCUUUUAUGUAUUAUUUAACCCAUUAAGAAAUAAGCAGGAAAAUGGCACACUUUUGAAGAUUCAAUAGUCUCUCAUUUUAAAAAUACUCAAUAUUCAGAAAAUAUUAUAGGGAUGAACGUUCAGGAGGAUCUUGUCAUCAGAUCAGUGUUGUUGUUGCCGUGUUAAAGUUCUUUUUGUUUUUGUUUUCCCCCCAAUAUUACUGAAGUAUGCAGAUUUACUCUCUGAAUCUCUUUUUCAAAAAAAGUUUCUUACAAAGGUGCUUUAUCGGUUCUUUUCCGAUUUCACAUCCCUUUUGCCAUUCUUUUGAUCAUUAAUUUUAUAAGUGCCUCAUAAGCAGAAAUUUAUUUUAUCUUCAGUGGGAAAAUAUUUGCGCACACCGAUUCUCAUUGUACAUGUACGAUUACAAUAAAGGCAUCUUAUCAUUAAAUUAUAUUAUUAUUCAUAAUAAGUCUGGAGAAAUAAAUGCCUGAAACAGCUCAAAAACAAAAAUAAAUAGCAAAAGACCAGAAAAAAAGUCCUUUGAUGCAACUGCUCUUAAUCCACUUUUAUAUCACAUUAAUACUGGAUUUAUUGAUUUAUUAAUAUCUUACUUCUUUGACCGUUUUUAUUACUUAUGGUAAAUAUGAAACUGUUGUAAAGCUUUUAUUAACUGGCUUGCUAUGUUAGUGUAUGCAAUCUUUUGAAGCUGAAAUUAUAUUUUAUAUAAAUAAUCUAUGUUUUAAACUAAUUCACUGGACAGCAUUCAUCAAAAAAGUAAAUAAAGAAAAAGAAAUGUUCUAAAAUACAUUAAUCUAUAAUAUACAUACAUG